AUGGCAAGCCAAGUCACCUUCACUCUCAAUUCCGGGUAUAAGAUACCGGCAGUGGGCUUGGGAACAUGGCAAUCUAAACCGCACGAAGUUGAGAAAGCGGUCGAGGUAGCGCUCAAGGCAGGAUACAGGCAUAUCGACGGUGCAUUUGCCUAUAAAAACGAAACAGAAGUUGGCUUGGGCUUGAAGAAUUCCGGAGUUCCUCGAGGGGAGGUUUUCUUGACUUCUAAACUAUGGAAUACCCACCAUCGGCCCGAAUUUGUUGAGCCUGCCUGUAAUAAGACUCUUCAGGACCUUGGAGUUGAUUAUUUGGAUCUUUACUUAAUGCACUGGCCUGUAGCCUUUGUUCCCGGGGAAGCAGCAUUUCCAAAGGAUACCGAAACGGGUCAACUUCUCCUGGACAGUAGAGUUACCAUCCAGGAUACGUGGAGGGCGAUGGAAUCCCUAGUUACGAAGGGCAAAGUCAGGAGUAUUGGAGUUAGCAACUUUAGCAAAGAGAGAAUCGAGGAACUACUUUCAUACACCGAAAUUCCCCCGGCAGUGAACCAGGUGGAGGCGCACCCAUACUUUCAACAGGAUGAUCUAAAGGAAUACUUGUCCGAAAAGAACAUCCUGUUGGAAGCAUAUAGUCCCCUAGGAAACAAUCUUCACAACAUGCCGAGAGCAAUGGACGAUGAAAAGAUUCAAAAAAUUGCGGAGGCACAUGGAGUAAGCUCUGCUCGAGUCCUCAUCGCAUGGCAUGUCCAACGUGGUACCGUGGUCCUUCCCAAAAGUGUCACUCCUGAACGAAUAAUUGACAACUUCAAGGACUUUGAAUUAUCGCAAUCUGCAAUGGAAGAAAUAAAUGCGCUUGACCGUAAUGCCCGAGCCAGCCAACCUCUCUUCUGGGGAGUAGAUAUAUUUGGUGAAAAGAACGAAGAAUAUGUCAAAGAGAUUGCAAAGAAGAGGGGCCUUGAGUAUAUUGCUAGCUUGAAGGGAUAA